AGUUUGGUAUGGAAGGCUUACCUAUCAGGAAAUUGAUAAUAUUGUCUUGCGCACUAAUGAGUCAUUUAGAGACCAGAUUCAAGAAGAGCACCAUUGUGGGGUUUCCCCUUUUACAGCUCUUCCUGUGGAUCUAAUAAAAUCAUUUCCAAUAGAUUACAUGCAUCAAGCCUGCCUUGGUGUGAUGAGGCGCUUACUCCUGAUAUGGAUAAAAGGAAAAAAAGAAACUAGGAUUACGCAGAGGCAUGUUGAAGAAAUCAACAAGAAACUCUUAGAAAUGCAACAGUUUGUCCCCAGCAACUUUGCACGAAAACCUAGAAGCCUUCUGGAAAUUGACAGAUGGAAGGCAACCGAAUUCAGACAGUUUUUGUUGUAUACUGGCAAACUUGUUCUUAAAGGCAGCCUAAGAGGUGACCUUUAUGCUCAUUUUAUGACUCUUUCUGUUGCUCUGUGCAUUCUUGUGUCACCAAGACUUAUUCAGAUGCAUAAGGGCUAUGCUCACCAACUACUGGUGUAUUUUGUUAAACGAGGUCGGGAACUCUAUGGCAAUGAGUUCUUAGUGUACAAUGUCCAUAGCAUGCUUCACCUUGCAGAAGAUGCUGGUUGGUUUGGAAGCUUGGAUGUCUGUGCAGCAUUUCCAUUUGAGAACUAUCUGUAUAAACUGAAGAAAAUGGUUAGAUCAGGAAAAAAUGCUUUAUCACAAGUUGUAAAAAGAAUUCAUGAACUGGAGAAUGACCCAGGUGAAAUGAAACCUGCAAAGUUUAAGAAAAUCAUCUGCACUAACAAACCUGACAAUACAUAUAUUUUGGAUGAUUCAUCUUGUUGUGAAGCAGUGGCCUUAUCACACCAAAGAGAUGAUGAAGGAAACCAGAAAAUACUGUGCAGAGUGUACAACAGAACAGAAUCAGCAUUUAAUGACCCAUGUGAUUCCAAGAUUAUUGGAGUUUAUCAGAUAAAUACAGCAAAAAGUUAUAUGAAAUUUAUUAAAAAAAGCGACCUAAAAACAAAGGCAAUUAUGGUACAUAGUAGAAGUGGAAGACACACAAAAAUCCUAGCAAUACUGCAUGAAUUCUGAAAACUAUCAGAUGUCAUUUGUAGUUGUGGAGUUUCUGGA